UCACACGCGCGAAGCAAGAAAUAAUAAGAUAGAAGUUAUCCAAGCAACUGAGACGUUCUUAGGCCAAGGAGGACACCGAAUCAUCAUGGCAACGAAUGUUUUGAAACUUUUCUAACGAAAUUUGUGGUCAACUUGGACGUACGAACAGGAUUUAUUAAAUUACGCACAAGUUUAUUCGGCCGCUUUUGAUUGCGCGACAGGCGAGUCAGCGGCAAUUAACUCUUUUCGCUCUUUUUUGAUGUGAACAUCAUUUUUGGAUUCCUCUCCAAAAUGGAGCGAAGGAUUGCGCCUCCUAGACGAUGCCUUUUCGGCUGUUUUCUUGUGAUUUUCAAUAUUCUGCUUGGAUCUACUGAAGGGGCAGAAACACCCGCAUUACCCACGAUUAAGUUGCUCUAUGAUGCAGCGCCUGUUACUGUUGGUCAGAAGUUCACGAUACAAUGUGUCGUGGAGGCACCAUUUACCCUUCAUGUUAACUUAGAUUGGGAAUUCCCUACUGUUAAGGAGUCUGCUCCUCGUGUUGUGAUUGGUGAUACUAAAAUAAACUAUUUGAAAAAAUCGGAGAAAUUCCAGCGAACAUCUUCGCUGACGAUAGACCCGGUGGUUGGCUGUGAUGAGGGGAAAUACGUUUGUGUGGCCUGGGAUCAACGACAACGCGUUGUGAAAUCGACCAUGCAUCUUAACGUGGAGGGCGGGGACUGCUGUGAUCAACCUGUGUUGCGUAUCCACGAGAUUGAUCAAUUCCGGGGCGGCAACUUGACGCUGUCGUGCACCGGAUCAUCGCCGUUAGAAUGGGAUUAUCCUAAUCCACAGAAGAUCAAGGGCACCUCAAACGACCAAAUGAUCAAGGAGCGGAUGACGUUGACCCAGGUCUUCACCGACGACGGUCUCUAUAACAGUACCAUCCACGUUUGGGCGCUAGAAGCGAGGGAGGUUGGAUUUUUCACAUGUAAAUACAAGUUCCCGCGACACUGCAGUACACCACAGACCGCCAGUCAGUACCUAUUCGUCCGGGAUCCUCUGAACGCUCUAGCCCCGCACGCCAACACACCACAGAUCAAUGUGAUCAUGGUUCACGAAGGACAGGAACUCAUCGUCCCAUGCCGGCCAACGCAUCCUGAAUAUGUAGACGUGAAGUUGGAGAAAGUCGUUGAUCAUCGUCCUCUUCAACUGGUCAAGCGAGGGGAAGAAGUGGCCUUCAAACCAAAGUAUGGCUUCAUCAUAAAGUACGCCACUGAAUUCUACAAUGGGCGCUUUGACUGUAUCGGCACGAUGGGCAAUGUGACGGAGAGUCAAGUCCAUGUUCUGAUGUUCGAAAGAGACAUCAAGAGUCCGCCCCACAAACCUGAGAUCAUCCGCACCGAGAAUGACUUCCAGUACAUGGUCCGUGACACGAUAGAACUGACGUGUAUAGCCAGGACUGGGCAGAGGUUGGUGCUCUUGGAGUGGGAGUACCCCACCAGUGGAGAAGCAGAUCGCUGUACCUCGCCUCACCAAUGUCGUAUCAAAGUCUCCCAACUCCUCUUCGAGGAACAGUGGCAGAAUGAUUUCAACUAUUGGAAGGUCGAGCAGACGCUGACUAUUUACAAUACGUUGGAGAAGGACACUGGGAACUAUACGUGUUCUGUUGUGAAUCAUCUGGAGCAAGCUGAAUCGACAACAGAAUGGAUCACGGUGCUAGAGAAGACAUGGAUUAAAAUGUCUGUCUCCCGGCCAUACGUCGAAGCUAAGUUCGGUGUUGACUCCGUCCUCCUGUUUGCCGACUUUGAGUCAUUUCCUCGGCCCGCCAUCUAUUGGCACAAGGAUGGACAAGAGGUCAUUGACAGUAGCCGCACGCAAUACCGACGCUUCGAUGGCCGGGAUCGUACGAGGCUGACCAUAAACAUGCCGUCACCCAAUGACUCCGGAGUUUACACUGUCUACGGAAUUACGAAAGACUAUAACGAUACAGUUAAUAUCACUCUGGUUGUCACAACAAAACCCACGGCUAACGUCACAUCCGACUUCGGAAGACCACCGUAUUUCAUCGCGGACAAGAACUACACUUUAUCAUGCCUAGUCACCGGUGUUCCCAUGCCUAACGUCACCUGGCAGUGGCAACCUUGUGCCAAGCCUGGCUGUCCCUUAAACGAGGAAGCCUGGGACGAGGUUGACGUUAACGAUUGGAGCUUUAACGAGACUCAACAAAUAAGUAAACUGCACACAGCUAGUAAUCACAACUCGACAGGCAUCUAUCGAUGUAUUGCGCAGAGUAAGGAAGGGAUCGCUAAGGAUCAAAUGAAGUUUAUUGCAACAGAUGUUGUUGAUGGUUAUGGCUACAAUAUAACCCCCAGUGAGAAGCCCGUGGAAGGGGAUGCGUUCAGGCUCACGUGCAUGGCCAACUCACUCAUGUUCCACCCGAUACAAGUCUUCCGCCAACUGGAGGGGGAAAGGGUUAAUGAGAAGGAGGGCAUUGUCAAUAGCACUUCAGUCAUGAUCCAUAAAGGAAGGACAAAUUAUUCUUAUAAAAUUACGGUUGCAAUUGAUGACAUCACAAUGAACAACACCGGCACGUACUUCUGUGAAACUUUCUCUAAAGAUGGUAGCAGCACUCCGGACUUUGACCGGGGAGUCUACAUUGGUGUGAGACCUGUCAAACCACCGCAGUUCAGACAAGCACUUGUCGACGAGAGGCACGAAGAAUUCCUGGACACCGUGGCAUUCGAAUGUCUGGCCGCUGGACAGCCAGACCCAGAGAUCACGUGGUAUAAGGACGGCGACAUCAUGUCGAUGUCGCAUAAAGAUGGCUACGUCUUCAAUGAUGACAAGUCCAAGUUAAAGAUCGUGAAAUUGAUGAAGGGCGAUGCAGGACAGUACACUUGUGAGGCGAUGAAUCGGGGCGGUACCAUCAACAGUACCAUGAUGCUAGUCGUCGAUGGAGGUGACAUAUUUCCAGAAUCGCGCGAAGUUAGGAUUGGUCCGUUGACGACGACGCAGAUCUGGAUCAUCUUUGGUAUCAGUCUGGCGGCGGUGGUUCUUCUGACACUCAUCCUUGUCUUGAUCUGGAAGAUAAAGCAGUCGAAGAUGAACUACCUGUAUGACAUGCUAUACAACCCUAAAGGUGACAUCAACCCGGACAUCCCCAUCGAUGAACAGACCGACUGCCUUCCGUACGACCCCAAGUGGGAGUUCCCCAAAGACAGGUUCACAUUUGGUGUGGUGCUUGGCCAAGGAGCAUUUGGUAAAGUGGUGAAAGCAGAAGCUGUAGGCAUUGUGGAAAAUGAGACUUCGACUACAGUAGCUGUCAAAAUGCCCAAAGAUUGUGGUGACCAGUACCAGCUGAUGUCACUGAUGUCUGAGUUGAAGAUACUCGCCCAUAUUGGUCAUCAUCUGAAUGUCGUCAACCUCCUCGGAGCUUCUACCAAAGGAAUCAAGAAAGGGGAAUUGUAUGUGAUCGUCGAAUAUUGUUGUCAUGGAAACAUGCGAAACUACCUCAUAAAAAAUCGCGCCAACUACCGUGACAACCUGGACGAAUAUACGCAAAAAAUACUCGCCAAACGACAAGCUAGUCAAAUGCAGAACAGUGCCGGAUCGGAAUACAGUAAUAACACCACUCAUUAUGUUAAUGAGCCGACAGCCAGCCCUGAUUUGUUUAACGAGGACCCGCCCCUCACGACCAAGGCUCUACUCUGUUUUGCAUUCCAAGUUGCUAGGGGCAUGGAGUAUUUGGCCUCUAAAAAGUACAUCCAUCGAGAUUUGGCAGCAAGGAAUUGUCUUCUAGCCGAGGACAAUGUGGUGAAGAUAUGUGACUUUGGUCUCGCAAAGGACUGUUACAAGUACCCAGAAUACCAGAAGAAAUCCGAUGGUCCGCUGCCGGUGAAGUGGAUGGCCAUAGAAUCACUAGUAUACAGGACAUUCUCCACAAAAAGUGAUGUAUGGUCCUUUGGUGUUCUUCUAUGGGAGCUGUUCACACUCGGUGCAAACCCUUACCCUGGCCUCGAGCUAAAUGAGACCUUCAUUGACAAGCUGCGGGAUGGCUACCGUAUGGACAGACCAGAGUUCGGACCCUCUGAUGUGAAUACACUCAUGAGGGAUUGCUGGCAGGCGGAACCAGAAGACCGACCCAACUUCUCAGAGCUGGCGGAACGAUUAGGCUCACUAUUGGAAAACAAAGUCAAGACGCACUACAUUGAUCUCAACACUCCAUACCUUGUUCGCCAAGAUGAGGCAUCGGCGGCAUCACAACCAUCACCGCCCCCUAGUGGCUACCUACAAAUGAACAGCAACGGCUACAUGAUGAUGAAGCAACCCGAUGAUCGAUCGCCGAAGAAUCAUGAUACGGCAAUCGAACUCGAGGACGUUGGUCUGGACGACGGAUAUAUCAAACCCAGGCGGCGUAACCAUAGCAAAGAUGGUGGUGAUGAGAUGGAACUGCUACCGAUGUUAUCAACCAAUGAAAAACAAGGAAAGGGCGAGAAAAGGGAUAAUAUGAACGUCAAGGACUUACGGGUUGACCUCGUGGAGGGCAAGCCCGUCAAGACGACCGCCGUCAUUCACGGGACGCCGCAGAAAUCCCCGACUGGUUCGUCGAGCAGCUACAUGAGCCAGUCGUCAGAAGAUAACGGCUAUCUUGUCCCAAACUCCACAAAAACUGUCACUCCUCCUCGGCGGCUUGGUAACAGCUUGAAAAGUACCGGGUCAGCCACGUCAGAGACCUCCAGUGGCUUUCAUUCAGACUAUGUAAAUGACGAUUUUCCGCCACCAGGAUACGACAGCGCGAUAACAGAUUACGUUGUGGAAGUGGGUGUGUAGAUAAUGUGGAUUGUGCUCUUGCGGCGUUGUACCGAUUCUGGUGACUUCCACAACUUCUGCGCUCGAGUCAAAGCAUUUAUCACUAAUGGGCCAGGUCAUCUUAAAACACUUGAAGUGUGCUACAUCUUAAAAACACUAGAGGUGUACUGUGAAUGAUGAAACACUGUAGUGUUCCGCUUGAGGUAUAAAACUGGUUGUGAUGACAGACCAUUAAUGUGGAGCUAGAAACAGAACACUGGUGGUGAAACACUGAUUUUGAACAUCGGUGGUUUGGCAUUGUGUAUGAAACAUGAAAAUGAAACACUGGUGUUGAACUCAGUGUAUGCAGCAGUGAAAGGGAAUACUAGCGAUGAAACACUGAAAACUUCAUGCAUAACACAGUGUUUGGAGAAUAACACUAGUGAUAGAACACUGGUUUAAAGCUUAUCUAACGCCAGUGAUGCAGCAUAUUUGUAACACUAUUGCAGCAUUUGAGAUAGUUCUAGAAGUGUACAUUGUAUUGUGAUAUACGCCUACUUGUGUGUUUUCAUUUAGCAGAUGCGUUAGACUUGAUAUCUUGUGUUCAGUUGGAUAUAUUAUUCAUAACUAAAUGAGGAACAGAAUAGUAAUGUACGGAAAUAGUAUUGCAAUUACGACUGAGAUUUACAAGAAGUGGUAGCAAACUGUGCCUUUUUGAACAUUAGUUCACUUGGAGUGCGUCAGAGAAGAAAAAUAGGACUCGUAUCACUUGGUUGUGAUGUGCUAUUAGAAAACGUGUCUUUCUGAGACAGAAAAUGUGCUUAUCAUAUUCAAGGAUGAGUAUAGUGGGUGAUGGAACGAGAGCCCAGGUGCCAGAGAUUUUUGGGACUUCUGGAUAGGGAACAAAGUUAAUUGACUUUUAAUGUAUGAACACUUUAAAUGGUGUCACUUAUGUCAAACAGAAUUGGAAAGUCGGCUUCAAGAAGUUGAAACUCCGAUGAGUGUGUAAUUGACUUACCUCCUCGGCUAAGGGGGUUCCCUUAAGCACUGCUGAGCAGUUUGAAUCCUUGAUCAAGGCGUUAAACAGGUGCAAUAGAAUAGGUAUGGUGCUAUGGGGUGCUGGGGUUGUGAGUUCUGCUCGGACGGGGAGACUUUUGGAACGCUUUGGAGCAGAUGCGAUUGCCCAUUUUCAAGAUAGCUAAUACUGACACCGAGAUGUGGAGAAUCGACUCAGAUAUUGCUCUAUAUGUUGGUGCUCUAGUUUUGACAAGGGUUUUCAGAAGGACUAUCAUUGAGGCAUCGAGAAGGAUAUGCGUCUAAGGAGAGCUGGUAUCAUAUCGCUUGCCGGACAAGUCUCGUCUCGAGGCAAUACGGAACAUAAUCAUACUCAAGUUGAGACACUUAAAGUUCUAGUUCACUCGGGUGUGGGCAAUUCUUGACUAUUGAAAAUGACUUGGAGGAUAAUCAAGAUUUGUUUCUUGCAAACUUGAGUGAACUGGUGGACGCGUUCUGUUUAUGAGGUGUACAAAUUACAUAAUCAUGUCCAAUAGCUAACCUGUAAAUAUGUAUAGGCAAUUAAAACAUGAAUGACAGAUAUUUAACGGUGAUGAAUCUUUUGAGGACAGAGUGGCAAUAUGAUAAGACAGUGCUGAUACAGAUUUGAAAACUGUAAGAGAAUUUUUCAUUUUGAAGUAAAUGGCAUUUCAUUCGAAUUUGGUGAUGACUGAUUGAGACAUUUCAAGAUGUUACACUUAUUCCUCAAAUGAUUUUAAAUGAUGAUUCUCAUUAAGUUGAGUUUGAAGGUCAGUAUUAGCAGAAAGUCAUGACUUUCUGGUAGAGCCAUAAGAGUUGUUAUUGUGAUUUAAGGAGACUCUCCCCUGCGCACAUUUCUAGUGUUGAUUCGCAUUUUAAUUUGUGAAGUUAUUUUGUGUCCGAUUUUGACAAUUUUGUUGUGGUAGAAGGAGAAUUAUUUAGACCAUUGAAUAAUGUUGAAAUGAGCUAAUGCACAGCAGAUAAGACAGUGUAAUAUUCAGAAUUUGUCAUGCAGAUAAAAAUUUAAGCAAAAUGUUUAAAUUGUUCACCUUUUCGUACUGUUUCCUUCUCCUUCUACUUGUGAUUUAACAAUUUAUUGGAACAAGAUUGCCCCCUACCCCAGCUUUUUGAUUUGGUAGUUGUCAUGUUCCCUUUUGUUGACUAAUCUUGAAUCGAUCGAUGCCAUAGAUUCCUCUAUCCGGAUUAUCAAAUAUUGAAAUAUUUUUUGACUUUUGACUUUGGUAGAACAUGUAGGGCCACAUUCAUGAAAGCAUAUAGAGCCUUAAAAUGGUGUUUAAUUGAAAAGGCUGAUUCUGGGCUUCAUGAGAUGCCCUGAAUCUGAAUUUUCACCGAGGAAUCUUUCCAGAUUUGGCCCAUAGUUCAACCUAUAUCUUUGUGUUUGUAUGCUAAUGAGUCUAGUCUUUUGUCUAGUCAAACUAUUAUAUCGGAGAUAAUAUUGUCGUUGUAUGCAUAUGAUAUUGAUUUUUUGGCCGGAUGAAAAUUAAACUUCAUCGAAACGAAUUGUCAUAUAGUUGUUGCAUUGGCGAGGUGGAUUUUCAGUUUUGAUGUUCCCCUAAGGGUGUUGAAUGGAGUUCUGAACCUUUCUUGUAGAGAUGAAGUCCACUUCUUUGAAGUUUCAAUUUUCAACUGGCAUUUUUCGACAUCUUUGACCAGAAUAUAUAUCUUAGAGUCAGCAUAUCAGCAUUUAGAGAUCAAAGCAAAAUAUAUCAAAUUAGAUUUUUUGAGAAAAUUCAUUGUUGUGAAAGUUAUGAGUGAACAAAUAUCCAUUUUAAAGUUACAUCGUGUACACACAGUGUUUCACUAAAUGCAUGCGCGUUAUGCACUGAACCAAGAGAACCACGCUUUAACCAUUUUUACAGUCAUUUGUCACAAAUAUGGGCAAAUAUGAUAGCAAAUAUGGGCAAAAAGGCAGGUCAAAAUGGCAUUGUUUGAAUGAACCAGCUAAUCUUGUGAUUGAUUAAAGAAUUGAGCCUGGUUCUUCCAUCUACCCUGAGGUCAGUUCAUGAUCUAGAUGCACAGGUUGAGUGAGUACAGUAAUGUAUGAUGCAGCAUCCAAGUGACGUAUUUUCAGUUUGUAAGGAAAGCUGGGAAUUGAAAAAUAGACUGACACUGAUCUUUCAAUCUAGAAUACGGAGACAGCAGUCAAAUGGCAUCCCUGCAUUUAGUGAAUGACUAUUUUUUCUUAUUUUUUAUGGUGUCUAUUUGAAGUACAGCUAAACAAAUAUAAACAAAAGUAUUAUAACCAAGAAUCUAUAGUUAAUGUUUUGGCCUAUGUCUCUGUAAGUGUUCUCUAUGUGAAUAUCAUAUAUCUGGUGUUAAUCUCUAUAUGCUAUGUUGGUCAACAUUUCAACUUUUCGAACCCAAUCGGAGAAUUCUUAUAGGCUUGUUCCCAUCAAUGUCAGGUCUGGAAUUUGAAUUGAAUCUCAAGUUUUCGUUUGUUUUUGUUUUCAUUUGUUAUUUCCUGUUAGGAAAGACAGACCACGUGGCUAUAUAAGUACUGAUUGAUCUUGUCUCAAAUAGAGGAGGGCAAGUUGACCUGAAUUCCCCCAAAUUUUGAAUUAAGGUGGGUCCAUAGCUUAGGCGUUUGAGGGAGCCAGGGUCAUGCUGACCUUAGGACAAAUUGUCUUUGUUUUUUAGUCCUUUGCCUCUGUGUGCAUGUUAUAAAAUGAUUGUUAUAAUUGUUAUACUACAGGGUGUACCGGCAUUUGUGUCUGUGUUGAAUUGGAGAUUAGGUGUGAUCAGAAUUCUAAUUUGGUGAGGCAAGGUGGUAAAAUUAUAGCCUAUAAUAGGAUCACUUUACAAAGCAGACUCGGUUGCUCAACUGGAGGCACUUUUUCUGGUUCACCCUGUCUAGUAUUUUCUAGUUGUGUACAGUGUAGGGUAGACUCAUUGCUUCAAUAGUAAUGGUAAGUGUUGUGAAAAUAGCUACUGGACUUCCCUAUAUAAACAAAGUGGACUCAUCUAGCCUAUUUAUUGAAAAGUCCAAUUCAAACUUAAAGGGGAAAUCUGUCAGAAAGUAAUUGUCCCUUUAGAUUUGAUGAGGUCAUUUUGACUUGUAUUGAGUUUGAUCUCACCCAGCUAGAACUGAUUAAUCUGUACCAAAACUGUAGGUAAUGCAUGGCUAUUUAGUUCAAGUUGGCGUGGACAUCUCUCUCACAAAAAACAAAUGAACAGGUUGAAUCUUCCAGUUAUAUCUGUGCCAUGGCGUUAUGAAAAACAGUUAUUUUUAAAACGAUAAGAAAGCUUGUUUAUUUAUAAAUACUGUAUAGAUACUAAUACAAUAUUUUCGCAUGUACAUUUUCAUUUUGGCUUAUUUGAAAAUGCCUGUUGCCCUUAUGCAAAAACUCAUAUGACUAUAGUUUUUGCCUUAGUGUCACAAUAUUUUACACAAUGAUAUAGAUUUUAAUUUUCACCAUUUCUCAAUAAAGGCCGAUAUAUCCAUAUAGUAUUUACAGAUUUGAUUUAAAUUUUGCCAAGGACCAUAAUUUCUCUACUGGCUUUUGUAAAUAAGUUCCUUUUAACUCACGUCACAAUUCGAAUGUACACUACUCUUUCAUGUCACAACGUUACGUUUACAGAACUUUCUUCAAGAUGAAUCUAUCCAAGAUAUCCAGCCUCUUUUGUUUUCUAGGCCUGGUUGAUUUGAACAUGAGAUUAUGGACUAAGGCCUGUCUAGAGUUAAGUUUGCGCAACUUCAAAUCAUUGCCUUUGGUAAUGGUAAUGCAGAAGCCGUAUGACUGUCCUAGUUUCAAACAAAAUGAUAGAGGGCGUCAUCACCUUUUGCAUAAUCGGUGCAGGUGAGUUCUCGUCGAUACCAAUUCAAACAAAAAUUUAUAUUGAAUAUCAGAAAUGAUUGUUGAUAUGUGUAAUAAUGAUUGCAUUUAUGAUUUUAUAUUUGACCAUGAUGAAAGCGCACAUCAUCAGAAGGAUUAAAUGAAGAUUAAUAAUGGUUGUUUUGUAUGGUUUUCUAAUAACAGUUUUGUAUGUGUUGGUUUCCAGUGAUUACGUCCGAUCACUAGGCUCGAGUUUGAGGUGAAAACAAUUUGAAUUUCUUUCCUCAAGUAGAGGCAGGCUGAGGUGUUGCUAUGAGAACUGUCAAAGGCCAGGUUUAGGCAGACCUUGCGGUGGUGUUGUGAUGACCAUGUGGUAGCGUCGUUGAGUAAUAGCAAUUCCAUUAUUGUAUUCAUUGUUUGUUAUCCCUCAGUUUUGAGCCUUGUGAUUGACGUUGUGUAAACUGUUUGAAAUUCGACUUGUGCUUUAGGAUGUUGGCAGACAACUGACAGGUGAAGUAGAACCUCUCUGUUAAGAACACCCUUUUGACUAUCAAAUGUUGUCCUUUAUAGAGAGGUGUCCUGAUUACAGAGGUCAAAAUUCACAAAACCGUUGGUGUCAUUUUAGUUUCCUAGCAUCCAGUAGCACAUCAUAAUGGUGUGUACAAUAAUCUCAUUCUCUCAUUAAGUAAUUCUUUCUAACUAUCCUGUACUGGUCAUAAGUAACAUCACUUGAAAAUUUCUAACCUCAGCCAAUUAACCCUGUGUGAUAUUUUUCGGAAUUUUUAAAUGCAUUUCUUAUUUGCUACAAUACUGGCUUGAAGUAACAUACCUCACCUUGGUCAGAUGGAUAGAGCAGUGCAGCAUCUGGGUUCGCUUUUGAAACGACUUUAGAAUUCAGUGUUGUACCAGCAAGGUAUCUUACUUCUGAACAGUACUGUAUGUGUAAGCAGCAUUCAUGAUCUUCCUGUAAAGUGGCAUUGAUAAUUGUGUUUCAUAGUUUUAUACUGAUUGAAAAAUCACCAUUCAAAUCGCUUCAUAGGAUCAUUCAAUCACCUGAGCAUAACUUUAUUGUUGUGGUUCUAAAUCUUGUGUCAUGAGUUUGUUCGCAGCUGCGUGUAGGAACCAGUUUCCAAAAGAUAUGGUUAAUUUCUAAAAAAAUGCAUCCUGGUGGCCUAGUGGUUAUUAAGGCAUCCACCUCAUGGAAGGAAGGUCGAGGGUUCGAGGCCCUUGGGUAUCUCUUUCCAAAGCCACCAGCUGUUUAAUGUGGUCCUUGUUUCGGUAGAUAUCAGUGCAAUAUUAGCUUAUCAAAACUUGGUUAAACACAUUUCUUUAAUCUAUUUCAAAUAUCUUCUUGACGCUUUAAUAUUCAACACUAAAUUAAGACUGUUCAAUUCAAAUCCAGAAAUAAUGGGUCCAUGUACAUUUGUACAUAUGUGCCAUAUUGUCUAGUUUCUGUUCUUUUAUGCCCACAACUUGCUUUCAUUCUUUUCUUUGUGCUGUUAAUCCUUUCACUGGCAAGGGAUCUAACUACAAUUACCAUUUUGAGCCUAUUUGCUAUACCGGUUUGUAUCAAGUCAUACCUUUAGAGCAGUACUGAGGGUGACAGAUUUUCAGUUAGUAACUCCCGUUGUCAGCCUGGGACACCCUAGCAGAGGGUGCAUGCUUGACUCAUGACUGAGACACGUAUUGUACAAGCCUACGAAUGACUAAAUCAAAUGACUAAAUUGAUGCUCACGCAGGCCUUGAAAAGGAACACACUGUACCAUCCACAGUGAUUUAUGAAAGGUCUGCUACCCCAUUAGUUUUUCAUGAGCAGUGUAGUUGAUAUUGCUGCACACACACAACUAAGAAGUCAUGAGUGAGAGUCAUGAGCUCAUUGUGACAAAACAUACUUUUGCAGCAGCUGCUGCUUGCAUGUAUGCAAUGGUCUUCAGUUGUCGUUGUCAGUCAUUCAUUAUCUUGCUGUGUGCAACCGUGUUAAGUCGCUUGUAUGCUUGUACGAUCAUGUGCAGGUAACCCUGGUAGAUGUACAUGGGGGAACCAUACUCUUAUAAUGUGCUAAUUUAAUGUCAAAAUCUUGUAAAUGAAGAAUAAUUGUAAAUUAAUUAAAUAUGUAAAAUUAUACAAAGUACAGUAAAACAAUAAACCAUUGUUCAUCAUUA